AUGGCGGAGGGCUGCCGCAAGAUUGGUGCGAGCGAAUAUCACGCUGCCCAAGGAACGGCCCGGUGGAUGGAACAGAUCGAGGGUCGCGGCUACAAUCGGACUGGAUACAUGUUCGAGGCAACCGGUAGUAAGAACAUCUUCCAAACGUUCUUGGGAGAAAUGAUGGAAGCUGCGGAAGAACGCCCAUUUUUCGUGCUCGAGAGUGGUAGCUGGGAAGGGGGAUCAGCAUCAUGGGUUGCGGAGCACCUCUUGAAGCAUUCAGAAUCACUCCUGGUCUGCCUUGACACGUGGGACGGAGGCCAAGAAAUGGAAAACACAGGGUUCGACAUGGUCUCUGUAGAGGAGCGGUUCCACUGGAACAUGGGGAAGGCCCCCAAUGGCGAACGCGUGGUCGCUUUCAAGGGCGACUCGCUGGAAUCCUUGGCAGGCCUUGUCGCGAGUGGAUUGACCUCGUCGUUCGAUGUCGUCUACGUGGAUGCUUCCCACGAGAUGAAGGAUACACUGGGGGAUGCGCUCUUGUCGUUUCGGCUGCUCAAAGUUGGGGGGGUCAUGAUAUUCGACGACUUCUGGAUGAAGGGAGUAGCGCGAGCGACGUCGGCGUUCGAAGAAGCUCUCUGGGACUCACUACAAGUACUUCACAAAGAUAAGGUUUAG